GUAACACUUCGAACGUUUGUCGAUCUCCAUGUAGGGAGAGUAUACGACGAUCGUAUUUUUUCUGUCGUACUCAAUCAGUCCCUAGUUUAGUCGAACUGGCAGAAAAGAAAAAAGACCAUAAUCAGUGUAUGUUAAAAGUGCUUAACGUCGAGUUGUUGUUAACGGAACGGUAGUUUCCUUCUACCCUAAAAAUCUGAUGUUGUAUCACACAUAAGACAAAAACUUAACUUAACACAAAGAAAAAGUUCAACAACACAUAUAAACACGUCAAUCUCUUACGGAUACGCGACCCAUCCAUCUAAGAUGCUGUUAUUGCCCAGAGACCUUUUGGGUCUCUUGGGUGGAAAUGCCGCCCCCAAGUGGCAUCAUCAACUGCUGAAAACAGCGGUGUUGAUUGUUUGUAUAACCACAAUAAUUGGCCCAUUUACUGCUGACGCUAAGGAACGCGACGAACCCUGUAAUGGUGUGGUAUGUGAUUGCAAAGGCUUGAAGGGCCGUCCUGGUGCUAUUGGCUUGCCUGGAUUUCAAGGCUAUGAAGGACCUCCAGGUGAUUUUGGUCCUGUGGGCCCAGCGGGACGCCCUGGCGAAUGGGGUGAUCCCGGUGAGUAUGGUGAACAGGGUGAAAAGGGUCAUCGGGGUGAUGCUGGAGAAUCUGGCCUUCCUGGAACACCUGGCUUGCGUGGUCCUCCUGGCGAGGAUGGUCCCCAAGGCCCGCGUGGCAUUGACGGUUGCGAUGGUCAGACAGGCCAACAGGGUGCUCCUGGUGUACCUGGUCGUCAUGGUACUCGCGGUGAAAUCGGCAAACCUGGCCCACCAGGUCCAACCGGUGACGCUGGUGAGGGUGGCAUAAAUUCCAAAGGCACCAAGGGUAGCCGUGGUGAUCGCGGCCCGGACGGCCAUGAUGGACAACAUGGCUAUCCUGGCAUGAAAGGUUAUAAAGGUGAUACCGGCUUCCCAGGUGCGGAUGGUGCCAAGGGUGAAAUGGGUCCCAAAGGUUACAAGGGUGAAAUGGCCGAAGGUGCCAAUUUUACUCUGACAUUACAAGGAGAGCAGGGCAGCAAGGGCGAACCGGGUGAUGCCGAGGAAGGCGAAUGGAAACCUCAAGAAGUUUCGAAGGGUUAUAGGGGUGAUGCUGGAUUCAAAGGCGAAAAAGGUUUUCAUGGCGAACAAGGUGAAACGGGUGAUACGGGCCGUGCAGGUUUGCCUGGUGCUCGUGGUGAUACAGGUGAAUCUGGCGAACGUGGCAAGCCAGGCAAAACCGGUGAUCCCGGUUUCCCAGGUGAUAAAGGAAUGAAAGGUGCUCCUGGCUACAAUGGACAAGAUGGUGAAGACGGCCUUCCUGGCGAACGCGGUGAGGAUGGCUACGAUGGCAUUCCUGGUGUGCAAGGUUAUGCUGGGGAACCUGGUUCAUACGAUCCACUUCUUGACGAAUCAUUGCCUGGCCCGAUUGGACCCCAGGGUGAUCUGGGUCCUCCCGGACCUCCCGGUUUGCCUGGUGUUCCCGGCCCGGAGGGUCGCAGAGGUCCUCGUGGCAAUACUGGACCUCCUGGUGAUCCCGGUUAUGACGGCUUGCCUGGUCGUCGUGGUGCCAGUAUUAGAGGUGAUGAUGGUGACUAUGGCUUAAUGGGACAACCCGGUCCUAUGGGUCCACCCGGCAAUGCCGGGCCCAUAGGUCGCGUUGGGCAACGUGGUGCCGAUGGCAGGAGUGUACAAGGUCCCAAGGGUUAUGCUGGACAACCUGGAUUACCUGGCGUUCCCGGUUAUCGGGGUGAUCGAGGUGAUAUUGGCCUGCCUGGUGAAAAGGGUGCCGCCGGUCUUGGUGUUAAUGUUGUAGGCCCUCCUGGUGCUGAUGGUUUGCCUGGUCUUCGAGGACAACCUGGUAGCGAUGGUUUUCCGGGCUAUCGUGGCAUGCCUGGUGAUAAAGGUAUUCGCGGUGAUGACUGCGGCAUUUGUCCAGCUGGACCUAGGGGAAGUAAAGGUAUUCAUGGCGAUGCUGGUUUCCCUGGCAUUCAUGGCGCAAGAGGAUUACACGGUCUACCUGGUGAGAGAGGCCCUAAAGGUCCCCAAGGCAAACCAGGAUUUGUAGGUUUCAAGGGUCAAGCCGGUCCAGAUGGUAUUCCAGGUGAGACUGGUCCUGUUGGUCAGCCAGGUCGACCUGGUACAAUAUUAAAAACCGGCAGCUCACGUCAAGCUGAAACUGGCGAUCAAGGUGAUCACGGCGAACGUGGUGCUCAAGGAGAAUCAGGCGAUCGUGGCUACGAUGGCCGUUCCGGCAUGCAUGGCUUGAGAGGUGAGACUGGUAUGCGUGGAGAUUAUGGUGAUCCCGGAAGACCUGGUAGAGAUGGCGCUCCCGGACGGAUUGGUAGAGACGGCACGAAUGGUCGAGAUGACAAUACACCGAAAGUAUACCUGGUUGGCCAGAAAGGCUACGAUGGUCGCAAGGGACAACGUGGUGAGCCCGGCGCGAAGGGUGUUAAAGGUGAAAAAGGUGCACCAAAUCCUGGACAAGUAUUCGACAACAAGGGCGAACGUGGCGAUCCUGGCUAUCCAGGCGAACAAGGUCUUCAAGGUCCAAAAGGUGAACGCGGCUCUGAUGGCAUUGAUGGUGGUCGUGGUGAAAUGGGUUUGUCUGGAAGGGUCAUCGCUGGAGUUAUUGGCGCCAAGGGCUACCCCGGUGUGACAGGCGAAGUUGGCCUUCAUGGUGCAGCUGGAAAUCCAGGUACGAAUGGAGCUCCUGGUGUUGAUGGCGUGACGGGUGCCAAGGGUAUGCGUGGUGAGCCUGGUCCUUAUAUCUUGGCUGGUGAAAUGGGUCCGGACGGUCCUCCAGGCGUUCCAGGCAUGGGAGGCGAUGAAGGUCCCAGAGGCAAUCCCGGUCCAACCGGCAGACCCGGUGUUAAAGGUAUCCGAGGCGGAAAGGGCGAUGCUGGUCCCGAUGGUCUUCAAGGUUUGGCUGGCAAUAAGGGUAUGCGAGGCGAUAUGCAAGCAGGAUUUCCAGGUUUGGCUGGAGAACCCGGUCGAAAUGGACGCAUUGCUCCCCACGGCCGCAAGGGACAAAAAGGUGAAACUGGCGUACCCGGCGUUCGAGGUGUCUUUGGUGCCAAGGGCGACAUCGGCCGAACUGGCAAUCGAGGUGAGCACGGCGACCGCGGAUAUCCAGGUGCCCCAGGUUCGAUUGGACCACAAGGAUUUGUUGGCAUACCCGGAGAGCAAGGUGAUCGUGGCGAAUUGGGAGAGGAUGGACGACACGGUGAUAUGGGACCAAGAGGCUCAAUCGGAGCUAUGGGACCUAAAGGUCAAAUGGGUGAUGUGGGUCCGUUUGGUCGUCGAGGCAAUGAUGGUAUGCAUGGACGCAAAGGAAUUCAAGGUGACCAGGGCUUCCCUGGACGAAUGGGUCCUAAAGGUCUGGCCUCUCGCAGCGGCAUAAAGGGCGAAACUGGUGAAGCGGGCUACAUGGGACCACGCGGUUAUGAUGGCAUCCCUGGUGAAAAGGGUAUGCAAGGUUUACCCGGCGACGAAGCUUAUGGUGAAGAUGGUUUGCCCGGCAGGAAAGGAGAAACUGGUGUACCCGGAAUCAACGGCAUGAAUGGUUUACCCGGUCUGAAGGGUAUCCGUGGCGACUAUGGUCUGAUGGGUCGAAUGGGAGAAUUUGGUGAUCGUGGCAAUCAAGGCAUGCCUGGUUAUCCUGGAAUCAAUGGAAAAGUAGGAUUUGCAGGAGCUGUAGGACCAAUGGGCCCCAUGGGUCUAAUGGGUGAACGAGGCGAAAUGGGUGAAAUGGGCUAUGCCGGCUAUGUUGGAGUUGUUGGCGACCGCGGUGACAAUGGAGAACCUGGUGCUUUCGGACCUCCAGGUGAACGUGGUGACGAUGGUUUCCCCGGCCGACCUGGUAUGAUAUUAACCGGUUAUGCUCAGAGAGGUGACAAGGGAGAACCUGGCAUAAGAGGAGAACAAGGCCCAGUGGGUGAAAUGGGCCCUGAUGGGUCUGUUGGUUUCCCAGGACGUAAAGGCGAACGUGGUGACUUUGGUUUGGCUGGCCUUCCCGGCACAGACGGAUAUCCUGGCGUCAAUGGGGAACGUGGUGACAAAGGUUAUACUGGUCCUCCCGGCUUGACACCUCAUUAUGCUGAACCUGGCGAUGAAGGUGAUAUGGGCUAUGAUGGAUUACCUGGUCGCCCAGGCCGCAUGGGCCAAAAGGGUGCCCCUGGAGAUAUGGGAGCAUAUGGCAUAAAUGGCAUGAAAGGUGAAAUGGGCAUGAGCGUAAUGGGACCCAAGGGUAUGUCUGGCGACAUUGGUUAUCCUGGUCCAAAUGGUCGCAAUGGAUUGCACGGUAUGGCUGGACUGAAGGGUGAACGUGGAGAUUUCGGUCCACCUGGUAUGCGCGGUGAACCGGGUUAUGCCAUUCCCGGCUUAAGAGGUGAUCAUGGCGAUGUUGGUCCCCAAGGUGCUCCUGGCUUCGAUGGUCGUAAAGGUGAAAUGGGCAUGCAUGGCAGGCCCGGCCGAACAGGUCCAGUUGGUCAACGUGGUCCUCGCGGUCCUACGGGUGAUGUCGGUUAUGAUGGACGCAACGGUUUAGAUGGCCUUAAAGGCAUUGUUGGUGAGCCUGGCACAACAUUCCCCUUCCACAUGGCACGUAAAGGAGAACGCGGCGAACCUGGCUUUGAUGGAUUAAAGGGUCAAAUGGGUGACAUUGGUCCAGAUGGUGAAAUGGGCUUCCGCGGCGCAAUCGGCCAGAGAGGUUACCAAGGCGAACGUGGCCUCAUUGGUCUUACAGGCCAGGAUGGACCUAAAGGUGAGAUGGGCAUGAUGGGUCCUCCCGGUUUGACCGGUUACACUGGCAUUAUGGGUCCAAAAGGUCCCACAGGCGAACCAGCACCACCACCACCACGCCCCAAGAGUCGUGGCUACAUUUUCGCACGUCACUCGCAAUCGUUCGUAGCACCCCACUGUCCGCCCAACACCAAUUUGAUGUGGGAAGGUUAUUCACUGGCCGGCAGCAUUGGCAAUGCCCGUGCAGUUGCCCAAGAUUUGGGCCGUGCCGGUUCCUGUAUGAGACGUUUCAGCACUAUGCCCUACAUGACGUGCGAUGGUAGUGUCUGCAAUUAUGGCCAAACUAAUGACGACAGCAUGUGGCUGGCAACUGAUGAACCUAUGAAUUUCGCCAUGAUUCCAAUACAAGCUAAUGUAAUUCAGAAAUACAUUUCACGUUGCGCCGUUUGCGAAACCUCCACAAGAGUCAUUGCUCUGCACAGUCAAAGUAUGGAGAUUCCAAAUUGUCCCAGUGGAUGGGAGGAAAUGUGGACCGGUUACAGUUAUUACAUGACAACUACCGACAACACUGGUGGUUUGGGUCAAAAUCUGGUUUCGCCCGGUUCCUGCUUGGAAGAAUUCCGUGCCCAACCAAUUAUUGAAUGUCAUGGUCAAGGUAAAUGCAACUUAUACGAUCCGGUCACUUCAUUCUGGUUGGCUGUAAUCGAAGAACAUGAAAUGUGGCAGAUGCCGGUGGCACAAACCCUCAAGAAGGAUCAGACCAGCAAGAUUAGCAGAUGUUCUGUUUGUCGUCGUCGCAAUGAUUCUUUCAUCUCACGCACGCCAACGUUUGAUUCAUCGGCCCAUGAAUUUAGACGUGGCUAUGAGCCCGUGAUAGCUGCUCCAGCGCCACCAAGACGAACACCAUCAACCAACAGACGACCCUCUGGCUAUGGGCGCGUCAAUCGCAACCGCUAUCCAAGAGCCGAUACCACAGCUCCCUAGAUUCUAAGCUAGGCUUCAAAUCAAAUUCUAUUUUCUCUCAAAACCUUUGUUCGUACAUUUCUGUAACUUUUAAGUAGCCUUAAAUUAACCCCUCACCCCUAAAAUACUAAAGAAUCAAAACAUAAACAGCCAAGGUAAAGAGUCCUCGAGAGUUUUUAAGCCCUCUAUGCCGAAUUUACAGUUUUUGCCUAAAACGAACAAAAAAAAAAUUCCAUUGGAAAUCUGCCAUUCUUCUUCUUCUCCAAAAGUGCCAUUACAUUACAAUUUUCUUUGUAUUGCCAUAAAUUUAUAAUUUAAAUUCUAUUAUAAAAAAAAAAAACAAAUGAAAGCUCCAAGCUUAAUAAAGCCAUACAUUUAAUAAAAAAAAUAAAACUAAGCAAAACUAAACGAAAUCAAUUAAAGUUUAAAAAUCAAACUGCAGUCAAAAGCAAUCGAAUUUGGGUUGAGUUUUUGCGAGACCCAGCAAAAAACCUCUGUGGGUUUAAUUUAAAUAUUUACACUGCCUUCCACCCCCCUUCCCUUCCCACCAACAAAAGUUGUCCUCCGCCGAAUUUCUUGUGUUGUAUGUACAUAUAUAUAUAAAAAGAAAAUUAAUACACUUAAAUACCACAUUUGAAUUUUUGCGCAAAAGU